GACCACUAACUACUGCUUGUCACAAUUGAACAUUUGAACCGGUCGGACGUGAAUAUAAAUCGCUCGUCGCAAUUUAAAAGGGCGUAUCGCUAUAUUUUGUUUAGACGCGGUAAUUUCUUCUUUCAAUUUACCGUAGUAGUGAUUUAUUUCUAUUAGCCAUAGAUGAAGUGAAAAGUUUUGUGCUUAAAAUGGGUGCACGAGUGUCCAGAAAUGAUUUUGAGUGGGUUCAUACUGAAGAACCACAUGCCUCUCGCCGGAAGAUCAUCUUAGAAAAAUAUCCAGAAAUCAAGAAGCUCUACGGUUACGAUCCCAUGUUCAAAUGGGUGGUCACUGGCAUGGUGCUGACCCAGGUCGCCAUGAUGCCGAUAGUCCAGCACAUGAGCUGGCCAAUGCUGCUGAUCGUUGCGUAUUGCUUUGGGGGUGUUAUUAACCACUCCCUUAUGUUAGCUAUCCAUGAAAUAGCCCACAAUCUGGCCUUCGGUCACAAUCGUCCACUCCACAACCGAUUAUUUGGGUUCUUCGCGAAUUUGCCGAUCGGUAUACCGAUUUCAAUUAGCUUUAAGAAAUACCACUUGGAACAUCAUAAGUACCAAGGGGACGAAGUAAUAGAUGUCGAUCUACCGACGUUAUUGGAAGCGAAGCUGUUCUGUACAACCGGUGGGAAGCUCUUGUGGAUAAUACUGCAGCCAUUUUUCUACACUCUCCGUCCGUUGGUGGUGAGACCGAAGCCCCCACACCCCCUGGAGUUUGUUAAUCUCAUUAUACAGCUGUUCUUUGACGCAAUCGUUGUCAAAGUUUUUGGUUGGAAAGUGCUUGGAUACAUGGUGAUUGGGUCUUUGUUGUCGAUGGGCGUCCAUCCUGUUGCCGGUCACUUCAUAUCAGAGCACUACAUGUUCCGUAAGGGCUUUGAAACGUAUUCAUAUUACGGACCCCUGAAUUGGAUAACGUUCAACGUUGGUUACCACAACGAGCAUCACGACUUCCCCGCGGUCCCCGGGAGUAGGUUACCUGAGGUGAAACGAAUCGCCUCCGAGUUUUACGAUGAUCUACCGCAACACCACAGCUGGUCCUCAGUUUUAUAUGAUUUUGUAAUGGAUCCAGACAUCGGACCUUACGCGAGAAUCAAACGCAAGCACUAUGGCCUUAAAAGCUAGAUUUAAUACUAAUGUCACAAAUUUUCGAUAUGGCAGCGGAAAUUAUUAUUUAUUUUUAAUCUGUAUCUUAUUCUCUUCAAACUUCAAAGUUUAUUAUAAUUAUAAGAUUUGUUAAUUACAGAUAUAGUUUUGAAAUUAAUAGACUUAUUAUAUUCGUAAGAUAUAUUAUGCCGAUAUCAGCUUUUAUUCUUAUAUAGUUCUUUAAAAAAAACUUAUAAAAAUGCGGCUGUAUACAAAAUGUUUCUGACUAUUCUAUUUUUUUUUUAAUUUAAUAAAAAUAAAUUUAAAUAAAUUACCAAGUUUAUCUGUUCAAAAUUGUAAAAAAUGAUUAUGAAUAUCUAUUCAAAAUCAUUCAUUUUUCCAUAAACAACUACAAUAUUUUCUUUUAAAAAAAAAAACAUUUUAUCUUUAUACAUACAGUCUGUGACAUAUAGGUUAACUUAUUAUAAUAUAUAUGUAUCAUUAAUAUAAAUAAAUAUAUCAUAAAAAAAUUAUUUUAUGCUUAUAUGUAAGUAAUUUUUUUAAGUUUAAUAAUCAUAGCCAAAUCCAAAAACUCAUAGAAAUCUGUAAUUUAUUUUAUCUGUUGUUUUAACGAACCAUCUACCGUCAGAAUGUCUAUUUGCCAAACUACCAUUUCUAAAUAAACAUAAAAGAUAAAAUGUCAUGUUAAAAGAAAUGAUUGAAUACAGUUAUUUAGUUUUAUUUUAUUAUAGAUUAUGCAUUUAAUGCAGGCGUGAUAAUUGAGAUAUUAAAAACACUGAAUGUAUGUUAUUAAAUAUAAUUUUGACCACGCGCAUGUUUGUACAUGCACAUGUACAUGUAACAACAGCACUCGGGUUAUGUUAACUUUUAGUUAAUGCUUUUAGUUAAUAAUAUAAUCUUAAACGGUAUCAUAUUAAAGUUCAGUGUAGGGAAAGAAAUCUAUAUUUUAUACUUGUAUAUUUUUAUAACCAUAUAAUGGUUUUUAUAUUUCGCUUCUGCAUUUAUAAAUAAGCUAUUCCAGACAUGCGUUGCGAUGUUUCUGAGUGGCAUAGCAAUUAUAGGGCAAAACGGUGCGGUAAACCGGUGCCCGCUGAGAUGAGGGGGCCCCCUGGCAAAAUAUUAAGUAAAAUAAUUAAUGAGACUUUUUUAUUUUAGAUUUUUACAUACUAGCAACACCAUCUACCAUACUAAGCAUAAUCGCCGCACCUUAUUCGCCUAGCGACGCCACUGUUUCUAUUUUGUAAUCGAAUAUCCGAUGAGUCUUGCUCGCCAUGUGGUGAACCGUUGUUUCAAAUCAACAAAGAAAAUAAAGAUAACAAUAGAUAGAUAAUUAAAUUAUAUUAACUAAAUCCCUUGCGACUUAACCAGACACCUCGAGCUGGUAACGCAGUAGACUCAACGGUAUUAAAUCGCACGUUUUAUAUGUAAGGUGUCAUGGGGUUAGUUUCUAUGGUUUUUUGGUGUAAAAGACUUAAAAUAACGCAAUGUUUCUAAUUGAAUUUGAUUUAUUGGUUAUGGUAAUGAUUUUAUACAAAUAAGGUUAAGUUCUAAUCACACGUUUUUUUAAAUUAUAGCUGGUAUUUCUUACCACGGAAAAUUUGGUCAUUACCAUGAAGAUAUCUAAUAUUCGUUUACAGGAUUUUUCCUGAGACAUAUAGAAGAUUCGUUCGAUUGAAUUCAAAAUUAAAAAUAAUAUCAAUUUUAAUGGUAAUUUUGUUUGUCGUCCACAAAACCAGUGUUACCCGAACGUAAUAUAAUCAGGUGUAUGGCUCCAGGUAGUUGUAUUUUAUUUUGUUCACUGUUUUGGUUUGUCUUGGUUUGAAAUGCGCGCCAAUUAUUAACCAUCUUUAUAAAAAUAAAAUUUAGUUUGUAAAAACCCAUAAAGUACAGAUAUGUAUAUAUUUUUAAUUUCGCGCUAAUUGUCAAAGCUUAUUGUUAAAAUUAAUUAACAUACGUUUUAUAUUGAAAAUUAUUUGAGUUUUACGAUAAUAUACAUUAUGAAAAAGCAUCAAAUGAUUAUUUAGAAAAGUGAAAAUAGAAAAUAAAUAACAUAUUGAUGAUUAAAAUUAUAUCGUUUUAAAUUUUUUUUUCAUCUAAAAAUUGAAAAGAUCUGACUUUGUUAUAAUCUGUACUGUAUGGUGUUUACACAAGGCAAGGUAAAUACAGGAUGUAUUAUAGUAAUGUACAAAGCUGUUUUUAUGUGUAUAAAUCUAUGAUAUUGUAUUAAACGUUUAUUUAAAUA